AUGGGCGCAUUACUGUCGGUUCCCUUCAUGGCGAUGCCCGCUAUGGGCACGGUUUGGAGUCUUGCCGCCUCCUGCUGCGGUGCGGCGACAUGCAGCGCCGUCAUGGGCUCUUGCGGUGGAAAAUGCGGCAACAGUAUUGCCACACGUAUCGCAUAUGCUCUCAUCCUCCUCAUCAACUCCAUCGUCUCAUGGAUUAUGCUCACAGACUGGGCCAUGAAGAAACUCGCCCAUCUGACCCUCGACUACGUCGAUAUCAAAUGUCAUGGCGAGCAGUGCUACGGUUACGUUGCAGUCCAGCGUAUCAACUUUGCCCUCGGUUUCUUCCACGUCCUCAUGGCCCUCAUGCUCAUCGGAGUGCGGUCUUCCAAGGACGGUCGCGCCAGCAUCCAGAACGGCUUCUGGCUUCCCAAGAUUGCAGGCUGGCUCCUGUUCAUCGUCUUGACCUUUUUCAUCCCCAACUCCUUCUUCAUUGUAUGGGGUAACUACUUUGCUAUGGCUGGUGCAUGUCUUUUCUUGCUGGUCGGACUUAUCCUGCUAGUUGAUUUGGCGCACAACUGGGCCGAGUAUUGCCAGGAGAAGAUUGAGGUUACCGAAUCGAGGCUCUGGACUGGCAUGCUCGUUGGCUCUGCGCUAUUCAUGUAUCUGGCAUCGUUCGCCAUGACCGUAGUUAUGUACAUCUACUUUGCGCGCAGCGGAUGCGGCAUGAACCAAGCAGCCAUUACGAUCAACCUACUCCUCUUACUCAUAUCAUCCGUCGUUUCGAUCCACCCUGCGGUCCAAAACGUCAAUCCCCGCGCAGGCCUCGCUCAAUCCGCAAUCGUCGCCAUCUACUGCACCUAUCUAACCCUCUCCGCCGUCGGCAUGGAGCCCGACGAUCACCAAUGCAACCCCCUGAUCCGCGCGCGUGGCACCCGCAAAGCCACUAUUGUCAUCGGCGCCAUCGUCACCUUCGUCACCGUUGCCUAUACCACGACCCGUGCCGCAACCUACGGGCUUGCCCUCGGCUCCCAAGGUAACCCCCACGGCACCGGCUACGCCCAAAUCGGCACCGAAGACUACGAACACGGCCUCGUCACCCAACAGCCCGAAUCCCGCCGCGACAUGCGCCAAGCCGCCCUCCGCGCCGCCGUCGAAUCUGGAUCCCUCCCCGCCUCCGCCCUUGAUGAUUCCGACAGCGAAGACGAUGACGACGAGGGCGCGCCCAGUGGCAAGAAGAACCCGCGCGACGACGAGAGAAAUGCAACACAGUAUAACUACACACUCUUUCACAUCAUCUUCUUCCUCAGCACAACCUGGGUGGCUACCCUGCUGACGACCAACUUUGACGAAAAGGAUGUCCAGGGCAGUUUUGUGCCCGUGGGGAGAACAUACUGGGCUAGUUGGGCAAAGAUUAUUAGUGCGUGGGUCUGCUAUGCCAUGUAUACUUGGAGUCUGGUGGCGCCGCUGGUGUUGCCGGAUCGGUUUGAUUAUUAG